AUGUCGACAUCUUCUGUACCGCUGCUGCGCCCCCCGGUGCCUGGAAGCCGCAGUAAUACCAGCAGUCCUCGAGCUCCAAGGCUCACCUUGGGAAUUCCCCCGUCACCCAAUGCAAAACCUGUCAACGGCGGCGGCCAACCGCCCGCCGCCGCGAGUCACGCAUCGCAACCGCAAUUGCAAAGACCACAGCAAGCCUCUCGGCCCUCUCUGCCACGUCUCCAAUUGGCGACUCCCAUGGGGAGUAGCCAAAGUGUCCCGCAGGAGACAAGCUACCGACCCAACGGUCGGCCUGCUCCACCUCCUCUCUCUACAAAUCUGAACACGCAAAACGGCCUCGAGAGCAAGGCGAGCGGUCCGGCAUCAGCAAAUACCUCCUACUCGGCGCUUUCGUUCGCCAUGGGACUCCGUCAACCAUCAGGCGGUACACCCGAUCCGUCAUCAGCGAUCAGUUCGGUUUACUCUGACCGAGAUGGCAGCGUGCAGAUGGAACGUGAGAACAGUGUGAACGGCCUCUUACCUGAUCUGGACAAGUUGAGUCUGGAAAAGGGCCGACCGCUCGAUGUGGAGGACUUGGACGACGAGGGUUGGCAUGCUGCCAGUGAGCAGAAAAAGAUUGUGGAAUUGGGAAGUCUCGGGGAGGGCGCUGGUGGUGCAGUCACCCGAUGCAAAUUGAAAGACGGGAAAACUGUAUUCGCAUUGAAAAUUAUCACGACGGACCCAAAUCCGGAUGUCAAGAAGCAAAUUGUUCGCGAGCUUAAUUUCAACAAAGACUGUGCAUCGGAUCAUAUUUGUCGGUACUACGGUGCCUUUAUGGACAAGUCGACCGGCACGAUCUCGAUCGCCAUGGAAUUUUGCGAAGGAGGAAGCUUGGACAGUAUCUACCGGGAGGUCAAGAAACUUGGAGGCCGUACCGGAGAAAAGGUUCUUGGUAAAGUAGCGGAAGGAGUGCUGAAUGGAUUGACCUAUCUGCAUGGGCGCAAAAUCAUCCACAGAGAUAUCAAGCCAUCCAACAUUCUCUUAUGCCGGAAUGGUCAGGUCAAACUCUGCGAUUUUGGUGUCAGUGGUGAGUUUGGCACGAAGGGGGAUGCCAACACCUUCAUCGGAACCUCCUACUAUAUGGCCCCAGAACGUAUCACCGGUCAAUCAUACACCAUUACCUCCGACGUGUGGUCGUUGGGUGUCACGCUGCUGGAGGUUGCGCAGCACCGGUUCCCUUUCCCGGCGGACGGGACGGAGAUGCAACCGCGCGCGGGUCUCAUCGACCUCCUCACGUAUAUCGUUCGACAGCCCAUUCCGAAGCUCAAGGAUGAACCCCAGAACAACAUCCGCUGGUCAGACAACUUCAAGUACUUCAUCGAGUGCUGCCUUGAGAAAGAACCUCCACGACGUGCAACACCCUGGCGGAUGCUGGAACAUCCCUGGAUGUUGGACAUGAAGACCAAGAAGGUUAACAUGGCGAACUUUGUGAGACAAGUCUGGGAUUGGAAAGAUUGA